AUGAUCGAACCCGCCAGUGCUCCGAUCAAGAUGCGCUUCGUCUCCAAGCCGGCGCCGGCGGAUGUCACGGAGACGAACUCGUCGGCGCCGUCCACGCCGUCGAGCUCCUCCUCAUCGGAUACGACCGCGCCGCCGUACGGCGCACUGCGCGCCUUCUUGUUGGAGUCGGCCGCGCCGUGCGCGACGCUGUCGUCCCAGCAGCCGAUGUCGGGCGCGGCGUGGGGGCUGGCGCCGGCGCAGCAUAUGCCGCUGCCGUUCGCGACGGCGGCUGCGCCGCGCGUGGAGGUGCGGCAGGUUUGGGCGCAUAACUUCGACUGGGAGGUCAAGCUGAUCGAGUCGCUCCUGCCCAAGUUCCGGUACUUGGCCGUGGACACGGAGUUCCCGGGCACGGUGUACCGGCCGGUGGGGCCGGCGUACAUGCUCACGCCGGAGAAGCGGUACGCGCUGCUCAAGGCGAACGUGGACGAGCUGGAACUCAUCCAGCUCGGCCUCACGCUGUUCGACGCGGGGUGCCGGCUUCCGGGCCUCGGCGGCGGCUCCACGCGGUACGUGUGGGAGUUCAACUUCCGCGAGUUCGACGUCCGGCGCCACCGCCACGCGCCGGAGUCGAUCGCCAUGCUGCGGACCAAGGGCGUCGACUUCGACCGGACGCGCGAGGACGGCGUCGACGCGUCGGUGUUCGGCCCGCGGCUGCGCAAGUGGCUGCGCGCCGGCCUCGGCCGUGCCGGCGUCGUCACGUUCAGCGGCGGCUACGACCUGGCGUACCUGGUGAAGAUGAUGUUCGGGCGCGGGUACAAGCUGCCCGCCACGGCGGAGGAGUUCGAGGGCGUCGCGAAGUCGCUCCUCCGGAGGAAGCUGUUCGACGUCAAGGAGAUGGCGCGGCACUGCCCGAGAGACCUCCGCGGCGGGCUGGACAGCGUCGCCAUGAAGCUCAACGUGUUGCGGACCGUCGGCGAGGCGCACCAGGCCGGCUCCGACAGCCUGCUGACCUGCCACACGUUCAUGAAAAUGAGGGAACGCUACUUCGACGACGAUGACAAGCUGACGAGGGUCGCCGGUAUGCUCGCCGGGAUCACGGCAUUCUAA